AUGGCAUCCAACGGCAACCCAUCACACUCUCAGAUUUGGGACGAUUCAUCUCUAGUGGAUUCGUGGAAUGAGGCUCUUGAUGAGUAUAAGAAAUACCACAGUAUGAAGGCUCGAGGUGAGAGUGCCGAGCAAGUUUUGAAGGAGGCUAGAAAUUCGAGCAAGAGGUUGGACGAGGACGUGCAUUAUGAAGCAGGUUGUUUAAAGAACCAUCCCGCUCAAGAUCAUCAUGCCAAGAAGGAGGCAUCCGAAGAAACAGCUGAUCUUGACAUCACUUCCCACGAAGACCACGUUCCGGUUGUGGAACGACCAGAGCACUCAAACAGAUCGCCAGCCCUACCCCAGCAUUUAGUCGGUCAAGUUCACGAUGAGGACCUCAAGAAUCUGCUUAUGUCUUGGUACUACGCGGGAUAUUACACUGGACUCCACGAAGGGAAGCAAACAGCAAAGGGAGACAAGCUUGCCAAGCAUGAAUCAUAG